AUGUUAGAAAUAAUCACCAGCGAUCUUUCAGUAGCCAGUAUUACAAAUGUAUCAGCAAAAGAACCUAUCAAAGAAGAUGAGAUUUUCAUGCUAGAAGAACUAGACACAGGUGUUCUGAGCAGCUUUUCGCCAUCACCGCCAGCAUCCCCUUGUUCAUCAGAAGAUGAGAACUGUCAGCACUGUCUUCAAUGCGGCAGAGAGUUUGUUGGAAAAGGUAGCUAUCUCAGCAUUUCUAGUCGAUCAACUUGUGAUCCUCAACUUUGCAAAGGUUGUAGAAAGCUAUUUACAUUGACUGAAAAGAAGGACAUUGUCGAAAGAUUUGAUUGUGCAGUGAAUAGAAACUACAAGAUUGAAGCUCGGUUUUUGCAAGACUGGUAUUUACAUCAAUACAACCCUGAGAAGCAACAAAAAGAUAAAUUGUAUCAUCUACCAUUAUCUGAACACUACUACAGUAGAAGAGUCGAUGAGAACAAACGAGCGACAUUCACGUAUUUCUGUUCAAGGGAUGAUUUGCACAAGAUUGAGCAAUACGUUUCGUGUCAUGGAUGCAGAGAGUUUGUCAAAACAAAACAGAGGACACUCAGGCUUGUUACAGACAAGAAAUGCGGACCUGGUCGUGCCAUAGCAGAAUUGGAGGAACUGUUUGAAUUGCUGGUGAACUCAAAAUCGACAUGUAGUCUUACAGGUAUGAAGGGAUCAUGGGCUCCGUUUCCAACUCAACGGCCAAAAAAUGGUAGACAUUGGGUUCGAGAUCAUUUUGUAAAGAACGCCAUGUUCUUCCUGUCAUUGGAUCACAUCAUUCCUUUGGCCGCUGGUGGUUCCUCGCAUAUCGGCAAUCUUCAAGUGACCCUACAAGGUUUCAACCAUGUCAAAGCACAUUACAGUUCUGAGGACUUUCAGAAGUGGCUAAAAGCAUUCAUGUUUUACCAAGGAUAUUAA